AUGCGGGUCCCGGGACAAUGGAAGAACAGCAAAGGCAAAUCAGCAAGCCCGUUCUUUUAUGCAUUCAAAACAUUGUGUUCCGGGGUGACGACGGGACAACAGAAGUAUCGACAUUCGCAAGGAACGGAUAGGGGGUUGGGCAUGGCGGAAGCACGCGUUUCCUUGGACGGACACGGGCAGACGCAAACGGACACGGAGACCGUGUUUCGUUCGAUGAUGGAGGAGCAGAGGAUCAUGAGGUCCGGCAGCGGCCACGAGCAAUUAGGGACGCUUAGGAAAUCCAGACGGAAGGCGUGGUGA